AUGUCGUUCUCCGUCCAGAAAGCGCCGAGUCCUGUAGAAGCUCCAUUAGAUGCCUCUGUGGCGGUUGACAAGAAAUCAACCUUGGAGAUACAGCCAGCCGCUACCAAUACUUCUCCAGUCCGGCAGAAAUUGUAUCAGUGGUUCUCGCCUACCGACACACCAGAAGAACGGCGAUUAAUCAUGAAACUUGAUGGCUUGAUUCUCGUAUUUGUCUUCCUCGCCUACUGGGCCAAGGUUUUGGAUUCUUCGGCCACGAGCACAGCAUACGUCAGUGGCAUGAAGGAGGAUUUGAGUUUGUAUGGGAAUCAGCUGAAUUACCUGAACACUGUAUACAUGGUCGGCUUUAUCACAAUGCAGAUUCCAUUAACACUAGUAAUGACUCGCCUCCCUAUCAAUUAUUUCCUGCCCACCGCUGAUUUACUCUGGGGUGUCUUCACACUUGCCCAAUAUAAGGUGGGCGGUAUGAGUUCUGGUUACAUUCAGGCUGGUGCGUAUGCAACCUUGAAUGGCAAGCAUGGCAUUGAGGGCUGGCGAUGGCUGUAUAUUAUCUGUUUCGCGUGCACCGUUCCCAUCGCCCUCUUCGGUCUUCUCGUCCUUCCUAGCACCCCGGACCGGUGCAACUCGAAGAUUCUCACGGCAAGAGAAAUCCAACUUGCCCAAGAUCGAAUGGCGGUCGAGCAUCGUGAACCUCGGAAAGCUAUCACGCUGCUUAAGUUCAAGAAGACUUUGAGUGGUUGGCAUUUCUGGAUUCUGGUUGGGUUUGCCUUCUUCUUCUCCCAGGCCGAUGGCGUCUCAUCUAACAGUGGUCUGCCAUUGUGGCUCAAGGCCGAGGGAUACUCGGUUGAAUCUAUUAACACAAUCACGACGGUCUCACCUGCUGUUACCAUCGUCGCUUCCUUGAUCUGUGGGAUCCUUUCUGAUGCCUACGAUGCGAAAGUAUGGCUAAUCGCCAUCACCGCCCUAUUGAAUAUCUUCGCCUGUAUCGUGCUUGCAGUCUGGAAGGUUCCUCUCGGUUUGAAAUUUUCAGCUUUCUUCUUGUCUGGAAGUGCGGACGGUAUUGCCGCCAUCAUCUAUGCAUGGGCCAACGAGAUUUGUUCCCACGACGCCGAGGAGCGCGCUCUCGUGAUCAGCUCCAUGAACACCAUUGGUAACACUUUCGGAGCAUGGCUACCGCUGUUUGUCUGGAAGACUGUUGAUGCCCCCAGAUAUCUGAUUGGGUAUAACUGGACCAUCGCCCUUGAUGUCUUUAUGCUCAUCAUGCUUUUCGUUUUGAGACACUUUUGGGCUAGAGAAAAAAGAGCAGGACUUUUGAUGUAA